AUGCUGCGAUGCCGAGGGCAAUAUCUAGCUCUCAGGCGUCUCGGCGAAGCCCUCGGGCCAACCACACGCUGGGACUUGAAGCGGCGAGGGGUUCUACUAGCUGCGGCUGGGCGCAGGCGCACCCGCAGCAGCGGCGGGGCUGCGCUCAGCGGCGGCAUUCCGGAUGGUGUUCCUGGUAGCAAAGUCCCGGCCGCCUACGCUGCUACUGGCGCUUUCGCCCACGCCGACGACAACAAGGCCGCCGGGUCCGCGAGCUCCGAGCUGCGGGCAUGGCAGGCGGCGAUGAUCGAGCUUGCUCAACGCCACAGCGCGAAGCAGGCGAUCGGGCACGACUCCAAGGACCCCAACAAGGUGUCAAAGCACACGGCCGAGCACAUCCCGGGCGGUGUCUGGCCGAAGAUGGCGAACCACUUCCUGGCGGAGCUCAUUAGGGCAUGCGAUGGUGGCGCCCGCGGCGCGGCGGCGGGAGUCGGGCCUUGGGCCUCCCCCGGGUGGGACGUGGCCCGAAUACAGGCGGCCACGGGAUCGACAUCGGCUAGCGCUGCUGCUGCUGCUGCGGCCUUGCCUAGAAGUAGCUCGAUGUCAGCCCCUAGCUCGAUAUCGCAAGCACGAGUCUCUGCAGCGGGGGCAGGGGCGGAGUUUCCGCUGCCCGACUGCCGGCUGGACUGGAGGAGAGCGCUCGAGGUGAUAAAGGAGGCGCACCUCGCCGGCGUCGAGGUUCGACCGGACCUCAUGGCGCUCGUGCUGUCCAAGGUGCCCGUGGGAAACUCGAGGAAGAUCUCCCGAUUGGUGAGCAACAAGGGGUCUCGAGCGUUCGGCCUCCAGGCCUCGACGCCGGACAUGCUUGCCGUGGCCGCCGUGGCCCACUGGAGGGAGGGGGUAGUCACGGGGGCCGCCCGUCACCUCGACGAGAUGUUUGCGAGGAUCAAGAAGUUGAACAAGGAGAUGGUGGCCUCGCCCAGUUCUCUGGUACAGGAGUGGCUCGCGGCUGACAGGCAAAGGAUUCGUGACGCCGCCGCCGCCGCCGCCGUCGAAACGCCCCCGUCGCAUCCCCCGGAGCGGCAGUGGCCGUGGCGUUUGGUCGCGGUAGACAUCUACGGCCGCGCCAACCGGUGGGCGGCAGCCGCCGAGGCGUUCGACGCCUUUAUCGGCGAUAUGGGCUUCCCUUCUAGCCGUAACGGCCGCCGCCGCCGCCGCCGCCGCCGCCGCCGCUCUGUCGAGGGCACAGCAGAGAUGGAAGAGGAGGGGGAAGAGGAGGAGGAGGAGGAGGUGGAGGAGGAGGAGGAGGAGGAAGCACACGUGAGCGCUAGAAUCGCGAAGCCUACGCGACUGCCGCUCCCCGAGGAGUUCGGCGGCGGGGCCGGCGGCGGCGGCGGGAAGAAGAAGGCAGGGGAGUUUUCGUCGCCCCUCCCGCUGCAGGCAUGGUUGUCCUUCCACCCGUCCGCCAUCGCGCACGCGAUCACCGCGUACCUCAAGCUCGGCAGGGUGGAGGAGGCGGCGGAGGUGCUUUCGUUCCUCAAGGCUAGCGUAAGGGCCGGCGGUGCCACCCCCGCGGCUGGCGGUCUUAGCCCCGGCUACGUCGGCGGCAGCGAGGAAGGCGGUGGUUAUGGUGGUCGAGCAGGAAGCGACCCAUCAUUAUCAGGCCCACCGACGGUCGAUCCUGGGUGGAUGGAGGGGACCGUCCGAGGCUUCACCCGAGCGGGAAAGUGGGACAUGGCGCUGGAGGUGCUGUCCACCGAUAUCGUGGCCUGGUUCUCGGCGGAAACGGGUGGCGACAGGCGGUCGGGCGACGGCGGCGGCGGUGCUCGUCUGGUGGCGGCGUCGGAGUCUUUGGAGGCGUUCCUUGAGGCCAAGCUUGAGGCCAAGAAACCCGCGUCGGGGCAGGUGGCGGGCUCGAAGGCGUGCCUGGAGUUGUUGAAGGUCGCCGCCGGAGCUCAGAGGGGCGUGUCGGGCGACGGGGGUGCUGCCAUCGCCACCGCCGCUGCCGCUGCCGCCACCGCCGCCGAGGAAGAAAACGACAGGCCGGCGGCAAGCGCCGUGGCGGUGCUGGCGCCGGGCUCACGGGGGCGGGAACAAGGGUGGCAGCGGGAAGAAACCACGCCUUCGGCUACUGCCGCCACCGCCGCCGCACCAUCUCCUGUGGCCCGUGAGACGCACGGAUCAGAUCGGGUUCCGGGGAAGGGAUGCGACACGCCGGAGCCUGGCGGUGGCGAUGCUCGAGUCGGCAAGGCGGAAGGCGACGGCAGCGGCAGCAGCGAGCCCGUGGUGGACCGUCAUCGGCAGGACGCGCUGGUGUACACGGAAGCGAUCCGGUGGCUCUUGCCGGGAGGGCGGCUAGCGCCCGACCGUGCAGACGGCGGCACGACGCCGGAAGCGGCGGGAGGGGACAUCCCGGCGCACUUGUUACCCGCCAUCGAGCUGUUCAGCGACGGGUGCCGAUCGAUGCUGCGGUCGGGCUGUCGGAGCGCCUCUCAGGAGGCCGUGCUCCAGACCAUGUGCAAGGUCUGGGGGGGCGCCGGCGGGACGGCGGUGGCGGCGGAGGACGCCGGCGACGCGACCAAGGAACGCCGUAGGUCCGCGUCGUUGGCCCUCUACGAGGCCGGGGUGGAGUCCAAGGCCUUGCCGGCGGACGCGCACUGGGCGAGCCAGUCGGCCGGGGUGCUCAACCUUGAUUGCGUGGACUACCAGAUGCACCACGGCAUGCCGCUGGCGGCGCUGAACCUCGUGCUGAGCGACAUGCGGCGGAAAUACGCGUACGAGGAGACGGUUGAGAGACACGUCCACCCUCCCCAAGGCGACCUCGUCAUGAUAACCAGCGUGAAGGGCUCGUGGCCGGCGCUCGACAACCUCAAGGGCAUCCUGUGGCUGCUUGGCAGCUGCCGCUUCGACGGGCCCCUCGACGGCGACCUCGAGCUGCUGGGCCAGCCGGGGGAGCGGCGGCACCCGCCCACUGACAACGCCGCCACGCGCGAGCGAGGCGACGGGAACCAAGGGGGGCGCCGCCGGCAGCUGGAACUCCUCCGCGAGGCGCAGGAGUCGAUGCGGUCACCCGGGCGCGGGCUUGUUGUCUCCCUGUCUAGAAGGACGUUGCAGGGAUGGCUGUUGAGAGAAGGGAGGGCGUGGAGUAGGGCUAAUGUGGGCGGCGGCGGCGGCGGCGGCCGGCUGUGGAAACCUUCGUGGGUGGAGGACGGGAUAGACGUUGUUCCUCCGGUAUUGCCUGGGCUUUUGACAGCCCGGGACGAUGGGACCGAUGUUGUUGCUGGAGGUGUUGGUAGCGGCGAAAUAUCGGGCAGCGCGCAAGUUGAUGCUCGAGAAGGGAUGAGGGAUUCUCUCUAUCAGGGAGUAGCGUAG